AUGGACAGCGGUUCGACAUCGGGACUAGUGCAGUGUUCCUCAGUGGACACAGCCUGGAACGACUGGAUUUUCGACUCAAACUAUGCACACGUCAACGAGGAAGAUUUGGCUGCUGAAAUAUCUAAACUGAAUGAAUUGGCUUACCAGACAGGUGAGGAAGGCCUAGUCGUUGGAGGUCAGGAUCCGGGUAUGUCUGUAAGAAUAGAUGUUGAAAAAUCUUUAGAAACAAACAAAUCAAAAUACGAAACAGUUAUAGAUACUUUUGAUGAGGAACAAAUCAAACUUGAUUCAGAAAUUUUUGGAGGUUAUGUUAGCUCAGUUUUACAAUAUCCAGACAUAGUUCAGUGCCCUACAGUUAGCCGGGAAGACAAUAUUGAUGAAGCGCCUGUAUAUAACAAUGAAGAGGUGAUACUAUCCAGAAACAAGAGAAAUCCGACUGAGCCAGUGGUACCCCUGAAUGAUGUCGCCCUCCAAAGCGAGGUGUCUUUCUCCCCUCCAGAUGCAGCAUCUACAAUAACUGUCCAUGCCGAUACGUCUUUUCCACAUAACUCCUUGGAUACUGGUAUCGCCGCGACACAUGAAGAAGGAUAUUUGUUCCCAAAAGCUGAUUUUGAAGUUGUUAUCGGAUCAGAUGAAAAUACGCCAGGGGAUAGCAGUACGAAUCCUAAGGUAUCAUGUAGUAAACAUCCAGAUGUGGUGGCUGAGAGUUACUGUAAAGUAUGUGACGAGUUAGCUUGUACGAACUGUGUCUUCUGUCUACAUGGCGGGCACCAGUUAGAGCCAGUCAGUGACGCAAUAGAGACAAAGAAACAGGAGCUUGUCGAGAUGCUAGAUAUCCUUACCGAGAACUACAUUCCAAAGCUGCAUCACCGUAUCAUCUCAAACAAACAAUUUAGUCAGAAGUAUGAGGAUCAGUUUGACGAGGUAAUGAACGAAAUAAAAACUAGAGAAUCAAAACUUCAGAGUCUGCUUAGAAACACCACUGCAGCAAAUAUCGCGAUACUUUCGAAACAUAGAAAACAGCAAAAGGAAAGGUCUAGUCGGAUAGAGGCAGAAUGGGACGAUCGUCUAGUCCAUAUUCGGGACCUUGUGAAAGAAGGAAAUACAAUGAGUACGCCUGGUAAGGCUUUCCAGGUGGUCAAGGAGCUAAGAUCAACUCUCCAGUCUCUAGACGUUGCACUAGAACAACUCCAGGGUACAAUACCGUCACCGACAUUGGCUAUUAGUGACAUAUCACAGGAUAAGGUGACCGAGUUACUGGGCGCGCUUACAACAAUCGAGGACAAAGGCAUCGAACGACCACUAAGACUGAAUCUAGAACUUCACACCACAUUUAGAUUUACCAAGAAUUCGGUCUGGGCGCUUGUAACACAUGGGAACGGAUCCGCAUGGAUCGCGGCGCACGAGGACUCCACAAUCCGCCUUGUGACAAAGACCGGGGUUGUUCUUAGAUCAGUCACUCUUUCGGCUAAAGUGUAUGACAUCACGGUGAAUGUUGACGGGAAUCUCUUGAUUUCUGCCGUCCAUGAUAGCCACAUAUGGCAGCUUUCCUCUAACCGGGAUGUCACGAGGUUCGUAAAAUUCAAGGGCAUGUAUCCCUGUGGGCUGUUUGCAUCUCCGAAAGGUCACGUAUUUGUCGGGGUUGUCGGAGGGGGUCUUCGGGACAAACACGCGAACAGUAGACAAUUCGUCGUUAAAAUUUCGCCAGCGGGCAAAGUCCUGCAGAGAUUCGAAAAAGACGCGGUAGGUAACGCUCUCUACUCCCUUCCCUACAGGAUACACGAGAACACUAAUAACGAUGUAUGUGUAGUAGACUGGACGGACUCCGCGGAGGCUAGACUAGUAGUGACUGACCACACCGGUAAACUCAAUUUCAUUUACACCGGAUUUGAGGAAGAUGCACACUCAUUCCGUCCUGGUGGACUCACGUGCACACCCGCAGGAAUGAUAUUGCUAUGCGAUAUAUACAGGGACAUUAUUCACGUGCUGAACAGAGAUGGCCAGUGUGUGAAUUUGCUGAACUCUCAGAGGCUUGGCGGUUUCUAUGGUCCUUGCGAUAUCAGUCUGGAUAAAGACGGAUAUCUGUGGGUCGGUGGUUGUAAGGGUAACGUGCAGUGCCUUCGAUACAAUCAGUGA